UCCACAGUCCCGUAAGAGCGACUUCUCGGAGAUUAGCGACACACUGUUGCUUUUACUGGAGCGUUUUCCUCCAACAAAUCCAACAUUAUUGGAGUAUUUGUGCAGUUUCAAACUGUUUUUCUGCACACGGGAGCGCCUCUUCUCCAAAACUGCCCACUGGGAGAAAUGACAUGUCAACGGCAGAAGUUGAGGCUGAUGUUUUCGCGGUGGAUUGAAGCCGCUGUGAAGGAGACGGAGUGAACCGCAGCGGCAGCCUGAACUUUAUUACUGUUUCCUCGAUAACAAAGGAGGUCGCCUCUUUUUCAUUCCUUCCCACAUUACUCGACGCCACCGCUCGACUGAAGGCUUCCCGGGGGAGGUUUAGGAUGCGAGGCGCUGCUGUGCGCGGUGUUUGUGCAGUAAAAGGACAUGGAGCACAUAGAGGAGCCAUCUGAGUAGCCACAGAUAAAACUGCAUUGAGGAGUUUUUAGUUCAUCUGACGACCGACACCAGAUCUGGUCGAGCCAACUAAAUGUAAAGGAUCCUUCUGGUCACAGUCGCCAUGGACAUCUUUCCCAGGGCAAGCGAUGGGAUUCUGAGGAAGAACCCUCAGCACGACUUUGAGCUCAUCCAGAGGGUGGGAAGUGGCACAUACGGGGACGUAUACAAGGCCCGUAACAUCCAAACAGGAGAGCUCGCCGCGGUGAAGAUCAUCAAGCUGGAACCAGGGGAUGACUUUUCCAUCAUACAGCAGGAAAUUUUCAUGGUGAAGGAAUGUAUGCACCACAACAUUGUGGCCUACUUUGGGAGCUACCUCUGUCGAGAGAAGCUUUGGAUAUGUAUGGAGUACUGUGGUGGAGGGUCACUGCAGGACAUCUAUCAUGUGACCGGACCGCUGUCAGAGCUACAAAUAGCAUAUGUGUCCAGAGAGACCUUACAGGGUUUGGGAUAUCUGCACAGCAAGGGCAAGAUGCACCGUGACAUCAAGGGAGCAAACAUACUUCUAACAGACAACGGGGACGUGAAGUUAGCUGACUUUGGAGUUGCAGCCAAAAUCACGGCCACCAUUGCCAAAAGAAAGUCCUUCAUUGGAACACCGUAUUGGAUGGCUCCUGAAGUAGCAGCGGUGGAGAAGAACGGUGGUUACAACCAGCUGUGUGACAUCUGGGCCGUUGGCAUCACGUCCAUCGAGUUGGCCGAGCUUCAGCCCCCGAUGUUUGACCUGCAUCCAAUGAGGGCCUUGUUUCUGAUGUCAAAGAGUAGCUUCCAGCCUCCCAAACUAAAAGACAAAAACAAAUGGUCCGCCGCCUUCCAUAACUUUGUCAAAGUAUCUCUAACAAAGAACCCCAAGAAGCGGCCUACAGCUGAGAAGCUGCUUUCGCAUGUCUUUGUGGCCCAAACGGGUUUGACGCGGCGGCUCGCCCUCGACCUCCUCGACAAGAUGAACAACCCAGACAACCACCAGCAUUACGUUGAAGUGGAUGAUGACGACCUCGAGCCGCUCUCUGCAGUCCGACACACCAUCCGCUCCACCAACAAGCAGGCCCGAGCUGAGAGGACGCGCUCAGAGAUAGACUCAAACAAUGGAACAGACCAUGGAGGGCCACUCUCAAGUCCUAGCUUCUCUGAGGCACACAGGGGGGAUGCAGUUGACAAGCUCCAGUUCGAACCACCACUCCGGAAGGAAACCGAGGCUCAUUCUGAGAUGGAUGUGAGUAAAGAUAAUGACUUCCCCUCACCCUGGAGUCCCUUCGCAGAGGGAGGAAUAACAGCCAGGAGCCUUCUCAAAAGCGUUGAGGAUGAAUUGUUCCAACGGGGACACAUUGCUCAUCUUGAAGAUGCUUUUGAAGAAGUUGAGCUGUCAACUCUCAAGCCAGGUGUUCCCCCUCCUCUUCCUCCAAAGCCUCGAUUGAACAGCUCGUCAGACGAGCUUGGCCUCAAUGACGAGCGGUGUCUGACAGUUCGGAGGUUUCCUAAUUCGGAGAACGGCCCGAGCCAAGCGGCUCGCAGACAGAGCACACCUGAGCAGGGCAACAAGGUGGAGCACUCCUCCCCUGAUUACCUCUCAGCCAGCGUCAGCAGCCCCGGCCUCUUGUCGCACGCCUCCGAUCCCGAUAACGAUUCAGACGGCAGUGUGAAUGGAGGCAGUCCCAAACCACCGCCCAACCGGCAGCACCGGAAAGAGAAAAAGGAGUACCCUAAGCCUGCCAUCAACGGCCUGCCCCCAACUCCCAAAGUACUGAUGGGAGCCUGUUUCUCUAAAGUGUUUGAUGGCUGUCCACUGAAGAUAAACUGUGCCACGUCAUGGAUUCAUCCAGACACUAAAGAUCAAUACUUGAUCUUUGGAACGGAGGAUGGCAUCUAUACGCUGAACCUUAAUGAACUGCACGAAGCCACAAUGGAGCAGCUUUUUCCCAGGAAGUGUACGUGGCUGUAUGUUAUCAACAACAACCUGAUGUCUCUAUCAGAAGGGAAAACCUUCCAGCUGUACUCUCAUAACCUCAUCGGGCUGUUUGAGCAGCUGAAGAAACCCGGCCUGGCUGCUCAGUUCCAGACGCAUCGCUUCCCAGACAAAAUUCUGCCAAGGAGAUUUGCCCUGACGACUAAAAUCCCAGACACAAAGGGUUGUCACAAAUGCUGCAUCGUGAGAAACCCUUACACAGGUCACAAAUACCUGUGUGGAGCGCUUCAGUCGGGGAUUGUCCUGCUGCAGUGGUAUGAGCCCAUGCAGAGGUUUAUGCUCAUCAAGCACUUUGACUUCCCUCUCCCCAGCCCGCUGAAGGUGUUUGAGAUGUUGGUGGUCCCAGAGCAGGAGUAUCCUCUGGUGUGUGUUGCCAUCAGCCAAGGGAGUGAGCCGGGCCAGGUGGUCCGCUUUGAGACCAUCAACCUCAACUCCUGCUCCUCCUGGUUCACAGAAAUGGGAACAAGUAACCAGCAGGUUGAUGCUAUCCACGUCACCCAGCUGGAGAGAGACACAGUGCUGGUGUGUUUGGACCAAAAUUUGAAGAUUGUUAAUCUCCAAGGCAGACUGAAGUCCAACAAGAAGCUGGCCUCCGAACUCAGCUUCGACUUCUGCAUCGCAUCCGUUGUGUGCCUUCAGGACAGCGUCCUGGCCUUCUGGAAACACGGCAUGCAGGGAAAGAGCUUCAAGUCGAAUGAGGUGACCCAGGAGAUUUCUGAUCCGAGCCGAGUCUUCCGCCUACUCGGAUCUGACAGGGUGGUGGUCCUGGAGAGCCGGCCGACCGACAACCCCACGGCUCUGAGCAACCUCUACAUCUUAGCAGGUCACGAGAACAGUUACUGAACGGCGGGAGAAACGUUGACGAGAUGCCUCAGUUCUGGGAGAGACACUCCAGACUUUCACCUGGAUGGGAGACGUGUGGCUUGAAGCAGUUAUUGGGAGCGUUUGUUACCGAUCACAGGAUCAGUCAAUAAAAAAAAAAUAGAGAAGCCUCUUGAGGGUGAGUCCGUCAGUAGCCUUUCACCAGCAGGACGUUCACUGCUUCGCCAACCGUCAUGAAAACAGAUGGA